GCCACCACAUACUGACAACAUUGCAUUCAAUGACACUCCAGAAUUGUGUUUUAAAUUAAACAAAUGACCACAGAUUGAGCCAUGCAGAGAGCCGUUUUCGCGCAUAUUAUAUUGCACGACUGGACGCAAGUUUUCAGUCCUUUGAGAAUUCAGCAAUGUUGUUUAAAAUACAGAGGACCAUUACAUCUCUCGUCGCGGGGAUACAGCGUGCUCCCACCCCCGCUUGACAGUGAAGAAAAGGCAAUGCUGGACAGCAUGUUACGGGUAGACCACGCAGGUGAAUAUGGUGCCAACCGCAUAUACGCCGGCCAGAUGGCGGUGUUGGGAAGGUCACAGACGGGACCUCUCAUUCAGCAAAUGUGGGAUCAGGAGAAAAAGCACCUUGAGAAGUUCGACGAGAUCCUGGCUGAGAACCGAAUUCGACCAACAUUACUGCUGCCCCUUUGGAAUGUUACAGGCUUCCUAUUAGGGGCGUCCACAGCCCUGCUUGGGAAGGAAGGAGCCAUGGCCUGCACUGUGGCUGUGGAGGAGAGCAUCUCAGAGCAUUACAACAGCCAGAUCAGAGCACUGAUGGAGAAGGACCCUGACAGAUAUAUUGAACUCUUAAAGGUAAUAAAGGAAUUCCGCGAUGAUGAGAUGGAACACCACGACACAGGACUGGAACAUGACGCUGAAUCUCUACCCGGAUUCUGGCUUUUGAAGAAUGCAAUACAAGUCGGCUGUAAAGCAGCUAUAUGCAUUUCGGAGCGCAUCUAAUUAUAGAUCACAUGUUUGCAUAUAUAUUUCUAAUUCUGGUAAAUAAUUAUGUGAAUUGCAUUAGUGGUUCCCCCAAACAUUUAGUGCCACUGCAUUUUGAAAAAGUACUUUUAUUUAUUUCCUUACAUAUCUUUAUUUGAUGGUUUGAUUGUUGAUUUGUUACUCUGCCAGAUGGAUAUUGAUACUAUACAUGGAAAUUUAUCCUAUUACAUUGUGUAAAUGUGAGUGAAAGUGAGUCUGCCUGGUCUGCACAGUGCGUAAAGUUGACUCAACGCUUAUCAGUUUGUGUAUUUUCUUCUAAAUGUGUACCAAUAAAAUUGAUACAUGGUUGUCUAA